UAGAGUGAGGGAGAGAGAGAGAGGAGGGAGAGGCCCAUUUGAUUUCAAAUGCUUUGGUGGGUUAUAAUGUGUUUUGAUUGAUUGGGAAGGGGAGAGAGAGAGAGGGAGGGAGAGAGAGAGAUCAGAAAGACUUUGGGUCCUCUGUUUUACUUGUAAAUAUCUGCACUGAGAGGAGGAGAGGAAAAAGAGAUGGUUGCAAGAACCCCACCCAAGCUGAGAAAGAUGGUGGCACCUCUCAACCCUGUUCUAGUGAGAGAAACUCUCAAGAAGGUGGAUCGGUGCAUGGCGAGAUUGGAGGAGCUGCAGUACACGGUGGCCGGCGGGAGGAAAGUGGUGGCCGGUGUCAAUUUGAGCCCCCGAAGCACUCGAGGUUAUAUCAAGACGAGCGUCAGGUGCAAGCAAGAAUCGAUCAGGAUCAAGAACUCUUCGCUGAAAAUAUCUCCAGUGGGCAAGUUUCCUCCAGCUGCAGCAGGAGAAUGGCGUAGGAUGUCCCUACCAGCAAUGCUGGUGGGUGAAACGGUGGGAGAAAUUCUCCAAGCUAGCAAAUUCGCCAGAGAAAUUCUAGCUGCUGUUGCUCCUAAACCCAAUCUUGUUGACGACCCGAAAACUCCGAUGACCCAAUCCAAGAAGCAAAGACCGAUGCACCACCCCGAAGACUCCGAGCUAAGGACUAGAAGAAAGAGGGAGAAACAGAACAAGUUGAGGUCAGAACCCAAAUCGCCGACUCUCCAGAGAGCACGGUCACGAAUCAACUUCAAAGUCUCUCCUCCGAAGCAAAGAGAGAGCGAGAGAGAUAAUAACAGAUACAUGGCCAACAGGGUUUCCCCUAGAAACAGGCCUUGGGCUAAAAAGACUGUCCUUUUCCCCAACCCUUUGUUCCUCCCCGCAACACCUGCCGCAACACAGAAGUUUUGCAAGACGAGGUCUCCGGUGAUAGCCAGAAAGAACGUCGAAACUCCACACAAGUUCUUGAUCAAGUCACCACACUCACCUUCCAAGUUCCAAGUCAAGAUCAAGAGCCCCCCGAAAGUUUGUAUCUCCCCAACAAGAGCUUUGAGCUUGAGCAAGAAGUCGCCUAAGCCAUCAACCGCUGCGAAAUUGCGGAGGUCUUUCUCGCCUUCAAGAUUGGUAAAUAGAUUGAUGUCCCCAUUGAAAAGCAGGAAAUGUGUGCUAAAAAGCGAUAGUGGGUUGAUGAUGAGCGGACUGAAACAGCGCCCUGCUGUUUCGACAACACCAAUCCGAUUUGCUAGUCACAAUAGAAUUCCACUGAGGGGUUAAAGCUUAUAUUUAUGCACUGGUUGAUGUGAAGAAAGGUAUCUUUCGUUGGAGAAAUGUUUUCAUAGUCCAUUCUUUGUUAUCUCACCUGCGAGGUACUUUCGUAAAUAACUCAUUUGUUCAUUGUUUUCCUGGUGUGUUCUGCUACAGUGGUAAAUGAUAUAGAACUUUGUGAUGCAUUGCAGUUCUCAAUGGUAUAGAGCUCUACUUUGACUUCUGAAUCUA